UGCCUCCGUCUGCAAGAAAGAAAAAGUGAAACUGGGUGGGACUUCUUCUAAGACCUCAUUCUACGUCCACCUGAGGUCGCUCCGGAAAUGAUGAACAUUUUCAAGUCCAACCCUUCUUCCUCCCUUACAUUUCUCCAUUUCACUGCACAUUCCAGACGUCUCUCCACAACCCGCUCUUCCUUUCCCUUCUACAGUAACCUUCUUUCUCCUCAACCUUCCUCCCUCUUCUCUCCCGCCACCAUCCGCUAUCUUCGUACUGCUCGAGAUCCCAACAUCAGCUACGAGAUUACUCCUCCUUUAAAUUGGGGUAUUCGAAUUGUCCCGGAGAAGAAAGCUUACGUGAUCGAACGAUUUGGAAAGUAUGUGAAGACACUUCCCUCCGGAAUCCAUUUUUUGAUUCCAUUUGUCGAUCGGAUAGCUUAUGUGCAUUCCUUGAAGGAGGAAGCUAUUCCUAUUCCGGACCAGUCUGCUAUCACAAAGGACAAUGUCAGCAUUUUGAUAGAUGGGGUUCUUUAUGUUAAGAUAGUGGACCCCAAGCUGGCAUCUUAUGGUGUUGAGCAUCCCAUAUAUGCCGUUAUUCAGCUCGCUCAGACUACAAUGCGAAGCGAGCUUGGGAAGAUUACUCUUGACAAAACAUUUGAGGAAAGAGACACGCUGAAUGAGAAGAUAGUGGAGUCUAUCAAUGUAGCCACAAGGGACUGGGGACUGCAAUGCCUUCGAUAUGAAAUAAGGGAUAUUUCUCCCCCUCGAGGGGUAAGGGCAGCUAUGGAGAUGCAAGCUGAAGCAGAACGCAAAAAGAGAGCUCAAGUUCUCGAGUCUGAAGGAGAAAGGCAAGCCAAUAUCAAUAUUGCUGAUGGUAAGAAGAAUGCAGUUAUAUUAGAAUCUGAAGCUGCAAAAAUAGAUCAAGUUAACAGGGCGCAAGGUGAAGCGGAGGCCAUCCUUGUAAAAUCCCAAGCUACAGCCAAAGGACUCGCUCUUGUGUCACAGGCUCUCAAAGACAGUGGGGGUGUUGAGGCUGCUAGUUUGAGAAUCGCUGAGCAAUAUAUACAAGCCUUCAGUAAUAUUGCCAAAGAGGGUACCACAAUGUUGCUUCCUAGUUCAGCUGCCAAUCCAGGUAACAUGAUGGCUCAAGCCCUUACUAUUUACAAGAACCUGGUUGGCAAUGUUUCUGGCAAUGAAGGCAGAACAAGUGGAUUAAAUGAAGGCAUAAAGGAGAGCAAUCCGGCAGCGGAAAUCGGCGGAGAGGGCAAUCAAACUGUUAGAGUUGCUGAGGAAGUUCAAAAUGGCAGCCCAGGAUUUUCUGUACAGAGCCCCAAGAUUGCGGAGUAGUAGAUGGAUUUAACAUAGUGUGGAGGGUUUCCCUUUUUCUGGGUGUGGGAUUCUUUUUGGGUGAGAGGAAACUCUAUCUAUACCAGAAGCUACUCCAAAUUCAUUCUCAAUACGAGAAUUUUUCUUAUUCAGCCUUUUUCUGCCGCUGGCCCCUUUGCGUCCAUUGCUGCUGCCCUUCUUGUCUUUGUGAACAAGUUGUUAACAAUCAAUUCCUUUAACUCGUACUAUUUUAUUCA